CGCCAAAUGUCAAUCGUCUUCCGCCGUCUUCGAGGUCCAAUACAACGCUUCAUUUCGCGCAGUGCUGUAGUCUCUGCAGAUCCUUGGCCCCUUCCGCAUACCCCAGAACAUCUUGCAAACACAGUUACACCUUCAGACCUCCCACCACCGACCCCAAUACCUCGUCCCAAUGAAUCAUUGACCUCACUUCGCGCCCGACUCGUUUAUCAGUCGCGCAAACGUGGAACACUCGAAAGCGACCUGAUUCUGAGUACUUUUGCCCGGGAUCAUCUUGGUGGGAUGAGCGAGACGGAGCUGAAAGAGUAUGACAAGUUGCUCGACGAGGCUGAUUGGGACAUAUAUUACUGGGCGACGGAAGAGAGACCAGCGCCAGAACGUUGGGAGUCAUCCGCCAUCCUUGAAAAACUCAAAAUUCAUGCACGCAACGAGGGCAAAGCCGUUCGAAGUAUGCCAGCUUUGUCGUAG